AUGCUUGCUAGAUCUUGGAUUACUGAAUUCAAUAGAAUUACAGAAAAGAGAUUAAAGAGAAGUUUAAUUCCUACAAACAAUAAGGAUGACGAAGAUGUCGAAAGACAGUUGCAGUAUUGGCUCAGAUGGUUAGAAUUAGAAAAACAAAAUAAACUAGAAUUAAAAGAUGAAUCUCUCAAUGAUAAACGUAUACAGUAUGUUUAUAAACAAGCAACGUACGCUCUACCUUUUGUUCCAGAAAUUUGGUUUCAAUACGUCAAGUAUUUAUUGUUUCAGAACGAGGAAGGAAACUUACAAGAGAGUAUUUCUACAUUAAGAGAUGGUGGAUUAUUAUUGAAUCCUAAAAGUAUGCUUCUUUCUUUCCAAUUAGCUGAGAUGUAUGAAAGAGAUAAUUCAUUUGAUAAUGCAAAAGACGUCUUUAAUAAACUUAUUAAUUCGUUAACCAAAGAAUACAAUGUGAUUGCAUCUCAACUCAAUGAACUUCACGAGAAAACAAAACCAAAAACCCAGGAUUGUGAUGAAGAAGACGAUGAUGAUAAUGUGGAUGAUGAUAAUAAUAAUAAUAAUGGGAAAAAUGUAGAUAUGAAUGGUGGUGGGUCAAAAAUAACUGCACAAGUUUAUAGAAUUUCACUUGCAGAUUCCAAGCAAAUGAUUUCAUUGGAGAAAGAACAAAAGAGAUUAGCUGAUGCAAUCACUCUUUCAUACAUAAAAUUAAUGACUGCUUGUAAACGAGUAGAAGGGAUCAAAGAAGCAAGAAAUGUAUUCAAACAGGCAAGAAAAUUUGAAAAAAUUGGAUAUCAAUUAUUUGUGGAGAAUGCACUUAUUGAACAUUAUUCAGAUAAGAAAGCAACAGCAUUAAAGAUAUUUGAUUUGGGUAAGAAAAAUUUCCAAACAAAUGGAAAAUUCCUAUUGGAUUAUUUAGAUUAUUUGAUUUUAAUUAAUGAUGUUGAUACAAUGAGAACGUUGAUUCAAUCAUCAGAUGCUAAUUUUUCCAAAGAGAUAAGUUCAUUACAAGAAGAAUUACAAUUGACAGAUAUUGAUCCAUUAACAAGAAAGAAAAAAGAAAGAGAAGUUAGAAAUAAACAGAAAUCAUUAAAGUUAUUAUUUCAGAAAUACAUUUCGUUUGCUUCUAAUUUCCUUUCAUUGGAUAUAACUCAUAGUUUUGCUAAGAAAUGUGAACAAUUAUUUCCAAAUGAUGAUCCUGCUGAUUUGUUUACUGAUAGAUAUAAAUUGGACAAUGUUAAUAUUAUUAAAAAAGAUGAAUUGGGUCGUGGUGAUGCUCUUGAUAUUGAUGAUGAAGAAUUAGCCAGAUUGAAAAGACGUAAAUUAUCAAAUUUCAAUGAGGAAGAAUCUAAAUCUGCAGUUAAAAGUAUUCAAGAUUCAAAGAAUAUGAUUGAAGAAGAAGAAGAAACUAAAGUGAAUGAAGAGGAACAGAUUGUUGGACCAUCUAUUGUUGCUUUAAUGUCGGCAUUACCAAAUGCUUCAUAUUUUGGAUUACCUUCAGAAAGUGUCUUCAAUAGUGAUAAAUUAGUCACAUUGUUUUCCAAUUUAUCAAAUAUUCCCCUGUAG